AUGGCUUGCGCAGGAGGAGAACCAGCUGGACAGCCGAUCGAGGACAUCCAAACGGCGAUUUUCCACAUCACCCAGCUUCUGCAGCGGAUUGCAGCUCCGAAUCAGCAGAAUCCGGAACACACGCUGGAAGCGCUCUCCUCGAACAUCAGCGAGUUCGUUUUCGACCCAGAAAAUGGCGUCACAUUCGAGAAGUGGUUCGCACGCUACACGGACCUUUUCGAAAGCGACGCAUGCCAUUUGGACGACGCAGCCAAAGUUCGUCUGCUGCUGCGAAAGUUGGAUACCACCUCUCACAGCCGGUAUCUACUACAUCCUUCCGCGGCUGCCGAGGGAUGUCACUGCCUUCAACUAUCAAAAAGUGAGGGUGACGACAUCAUCACGUACGGCGGACGAGUCAAUCGAGCGUGCGAAGACUUCGAUUUUGCGAACCUGACCAUCGAUCAGUUUAAAUGUCUGGUUUUCGUCACCGGACUGAAGGCAUCCAAGCACGCGGACAUUCGAGCGCGAUUGCUCACCCGGAUGGAGCAUGAGAGACCGGACGCACCAGUGACUCUUCAAACUCUCAUCGACGAGUUCCAGCAGCUCGUUAAUCUGAAGGCGGACACCAGCUUGAUUGAGCAUCCAGCCAGCUCGAAAGCAGCAGUUCACGCCGUCAGCAAGAAGAAGAGACCGAGCGACGCUCCGAGGCCCUCGUUCAAGCCGGAAGCCAAAUCCCCGAAGACGCCCUGCUGGCAAUGCGGACAGAUGCAUUUCGUCAAGGAGUGCACAUACAGCAGCCACCUCUGCAAAUCAUGCAACCGCGUGGGACAUAAGGAAGGGUACUGCGGUUGUUUCUCCAAGCCAUCAAGCCCGACCGCUGGUGACAAUUCCAACCAGAAGAAGGGUAAGAAGCACCAGAAGAAGACCAAGUAUCAAGCCAACAUCGUCCACACGGUAAGCCACACCGGUACAUUCACCCGGUUCGUCACGACUACGCUCAACGGUCGUCAAGCCACACUGCAGCUUGACAGCGGGUCGCCAAUCACCAUCAUCAGUGAAGAGACCUGGAGAAAGGUUGGAUCGCCAUCACUCAAGCCAUCGACCUGCGAAGCACUCUCCGCAUCCAGAGACCCUCUUCCUCUGCUGGGGGAAUUCACCUGCCUCGUAGGUGUCAACGACGUCAUCAAGCCUGGGCUGUGCCGAGUCACGUCGGUCAAGGGACUCAACCUGUUCGGCUCGGAGUGGAUGGACCUCUUCGACAUGUGGACGAAGCCAUUGUCAUCGUUCGUCAAUCAGGUGAAUCAUUCCAAUUCUAACUCCUUUUCUGGAAAGCACUUCCUCAUGCGGUUCCCCGAAGUUUUUCAGGACACUCUUGGGCACUGCCAGAAAGCUCAAGUCAGCCUCCACCUGAAACCAGAUGCCAGGCCGGUUUUCCGACCCAAACGCCCGGUACCGUACAAUGCCAUUCCUUUGGUCGAUGCGGAGCUCGAACGUCUGCAGCAGUUGGGUAUCAUCUCGCCAGUAGAAUACUCCGACUGGGCAGCACCGAUCGUUGCGGUUCGGAAGCCUGGUGGUAAAAUUCGAAUUUGCGCCGACUAUUCGACCGGGCUGAACGCAAUGCUGGAAGCACACAACUUUCCUCUCCCAACACCGGACGACAUCUUCUCGAAGUUGGCCGGAAGCAAGGUGUUCAGCAUCAUCGACCUGUCGGAUGCCUACCUUCAGGUAGAAGUCGAUGAAGCAUCAAAGCGGCUGCUCACCAUCAACACACACCGGGGCCUCUUCCAUUUCAACAGGCUGGCUCCUGGUGUCAAGUCAGCACCCGGUGCAUUCCAGCAGCUGAUGCACACCAUGAUCGCUGGGAUUGAAGGCGUCGAAGUGUUCCUGGACGAUUUCAUCCUGUUCAGCAAGACCAAGGAGCAGCACUAUGAGACGCUGUGCACUCUAUUUAACCGUCUACAGGAGUACGGUUUCUGCUUGAAGCUGGAAAAGUGCCAUUUCUACCAGGACGAAAUCAAGUACCUGGGGCACAUAGUGGACGAGAAAGGACUACGUCCAGAUCCUGAGAAGACAGCAGCCAUAUCUUCGAUGCCGCGUCCCACUGAUGUUUCCACUCUGCGAUCAUUCCUGGGGGCGGUCAACUUUUACGGAAAAUUCAUCCGUGAAAUGCACCAACUUCGAAGGCCACUAGACCAACUUUUGAAGAAGGACGCAAAGUUUGUUUGGAGCGCCGAAUGCCAGCAAGCUUUCACCGACAUCAAGCGCAUUCUGCAGUCGGACCUGCUCCUCACCCACUACGACCCUUCGCUCGAGAUUAUCGUGGCGGGUGAUGCAUCCAAAACCGGCAUAGGGGCGGUCAUCAUGCAUCGUUUCCCAGAUGGACGAAUCAAGGCAAUUGCUCAUGCUUCCAAGACGCUGUCGUCGGCAGAGCAAAACUACGGGCAAAUUGAAAAAGAGGCGCUCGCUCUGGUCUUUGCUGUCACCAAGUUCCACCGCAUGCUGUUGGGACGAAGGUUCAAGCUGCAGACUGACCAUCAGCCACUCGUGAAAGUCUUCGGGUCGAAGAAAGGCAUUCCCAUUCACACGGCCAACCGGCUGAAGCGAUGGGCGCUCACACUGCUCGGGUACGAUUUCGACAUCGAGUUCGUAUCGACCAACAAUUUCGGGUACGCGGAUGUACUAUCGCGGCUCAUCAGUAACCACGAACGUCCAGAGGAAGAAUUCGUGGUAGCAAGCCUCAACGUUGAGCCUGAUCUUCAAUGCCUUCUGGACAGUAACCUCGAGCAGUUGCCAAUCACGUUCCAAAUGGUCAAGCAAGCCACGUCGGAGGACCCAUCGAUGCAGCAGCUCGUCCGGUUCAUCAAAACUGGGUGGCCGAAAAGCGGAAAAUCUAUUCACGAUUCGGCGCUACAAUCGUUCUUCCACCGGCGGGAGUCAUUGUCAGUAGUUCAAGGCUGCGUGAUGAUGAUGGAACGACUGGUAAUUCCGGAGUGCUUUCGGAAAAAGCUGCUGAAGCAACUACACCGAGGUCAUCCCGGCAUCGAGCGAGUCAAGGCCAUCGCUCGGGGUAGUAUCUACUGGCCGAACAUUGACGACGACAUCGGUGAGUACGUUCGCAACUGUUCCAGCUGUGCAAAUGCGCAGAAAUCUCCACCACAAGCAGAGCCACAUCCGUGGCAGAGCGCUGAAGGACCUUGGGAGCGCAUUCAUGUCGACUACGCUGGACCGACAAACGGGUUCAGUUAUCUGGUUGUGGUCGACUCGUUUUCCAAGUGGCCGGAGAUUUUCCUGACGAAAUCGACAACUGCUUCUACAACGAUUGGUUUCCUUCAAGAGGCUUUUGCCAGAUUCGGCAUACCGAAAGUGAUUGUGUCCGACAACGGAACGCAGUUCACCGGCUACGAAUUCCGUUCCUUCUGCGAGAACUUGGGCAUCAUCCACCUCCGCACGGCACCGUUCCAUCCCCAGUCGAACGGGCAAGCGGAAAGGUUCGUCGACACGCUCAAGAGGUCAAUCCGCAAAAUCCAGGAGGGAGAAGGAUUACCAGCAUCUGCCGCACUCCAAACGUUUCUGCAGGUGUAUCGAGCAACUCCAUCCAACCUGCUCGAGGGUAAAUCACCUUCCGAGAUCCUGAAUGGCAGACGAAUGCGGACUACGUUGGAUCUACUCAAGCCUUCUGUUUCAAUUCCACAUCCACCGGCAGCAGCCGGAUCGUCCCGAACGCGACGAUUUUCUGCUGGAGCAACUGUUCUUGCGAAGGUUCACAGGAACAACACCAGCUGGAGGUGGCAGUCCGGAGUUGUGAUCGAGGCGAUUGGGAAUGUACACUACAACGUACUUCUCGACGCACCCUCUGGACGGAAGCGACUGAUUCGGUCGCACAUCGAUCAAAUCCGAAGCAACGAUUCUGGAAAACAAGAAGAAGCGGAAAUUGAGCUACCGUUAUUUCACCACUGA